AUGGGUGACGAAGAAGUUGCCGCGCUUGUGGUGGACAACGGAAGCGGAAUGUGCAAGGCCGGCUUUGCAAGUGAUGUUGCUCCACGAGCAGUUUUCCCAUCCAUUGUUGGCCGGCCAAAGAUGCCUGGAAUCAUGGUUGGCAUGGACGAGAAGGACAGCUAUGUAGGAGACGAGGCGCAGAGCAAGCGAGGUGUGCUGACCUUGAAGUAUCCCGUUGAGCAUGGCAUCGUCACCAAUUGGGAUGACAUGGAGAAGAUUUGGCAUCACACCUUCUACAACGAGCUGCGUGUAGCUCCGGAAGAGCAUCCAGUCUUGCUGACUGAAGCUCCCUUGAACCCAAAGAAGAACCGUGAACUCAUGACUGAGCUCAUGUUCAAGACCUUCAAGGUGCCUGCAUUGUAUGUUGCAAUCCAGGCUGUGCUGUCCUUGUAUGCAUCUGGCCGAACCACUGGAAUGAUGGUGGACAGUGGCGACGGUGUGAGCCACACCGUGCCCAUCUAUGAGGGCUAUGCUUUGCCUGAUGCCAUUCUGCGUUUGGACUUGGCUGGUCGUGACCUUACGGAGUACAUGAUGAAGAUCCUCACUGAGCGCGGCUACUCCUUCACCACCACCGCUGAGCGCGAGAUUAUUCGAGAGGUCAAGGAGAAACUUUGCUACAUCGCCUUGGACUUUGACAGCGAGAUGAAGGCUGCAUCUGAGAGCAGUGACAAGGAGAAGACUUACGAAUUGCCUGAUGGCAACAUCAUCACCGUUGGAUCUGAGCGUUUCCGCUGCCCAGAAGUCCUGUUCCAGCCAAGCUUCGUGGGCAAGGAGGCCAGCGGCAUUCAUGACACCACCUUCCAAUCGAUUAUGAAGUGCGAUGUCGAUAUUCGAAAGGAUCUCUAUGCCAACGUGGUGCUUUCAGGUGGAACCACCAUGUUCCGGGUUGUGAUGCACUACCUCCACGUGGUCAGCCCGGGCUCCUGCGAUGCCAACUUGGGUCAAAAAGGAGUGCAGAGUGUGCAAAGGAUUUCUUUUUUCAACAGCAAGCUUGAUCUUCGAGAUCUUAGAGGAGGGAGUUCUAAGAGAAAGAAGAAAAACAUUGCAAAGAAAUCCAAAGCGCAGAAAUCUAAGAACAUUUGUCAUGCUUGUCUUUCAGAUGAGGAAGACGCCACUUGUUCUGAAGGAUACGUGAGCGAAGAUGCAGAAGCAGUCGAUUCCGAGCGAGAAAGCGAAGUCAAAGUUGCGAAUGAAAGCUGGCUGUCCAAUCAAAUCAGUGAAGAGGAGAUCGACAGCUGGUUGAGCCCCAUUUUGGAGGACGAAAAUGAAUUCAUUUUUUCAAAUGUACAAGAAGCAUGUGAGCAUUCCCUUUUAGAGGAAUGCACCGAUGAAGAUUUGAAGAUCAUUCACGAUCAGGAAAAGGAAGACCGCGGGAACUUUGUGCACCUUUUUGCAACAGAUUUCGCCAAAGCCGAGGACACAAGCACUGAGGCAGACGAAGCUGUUGGAGCAAUUUUGAUCCAGGAGGACUCAGCUAUAGAAGAACUUGCGGAGGCGGACCAGAUCAUCAAAAUGUUCCUUGAAGAGUGUGAUGUUGACUGCGGUGACAUCACCAAUCCCAGUUUUGAGCACACCUUGCAAGACAUGAUCAGCUACUACCAGGGUGCAGACUUAUGGAUGACCCAGGACGAACAGUGUAGCCUUCAGUGGACCUAUCAUGGCCUUCAGCCGCAUCAAGGGGAUGUCAGUGAGGUUGAGAAAGAGUCCAUUUCUUGCCAAGAACGAAGCUCAAUCAAUCUGCGAGGAGGAGCCGAAGAAGAGGAGGAAAAGAUAAGAGGAGGAGCAGGAGGAUCCAAUAGCACUGCAAAGAAGCGAGAGCUCAAGGAGUUGAUUGGAAACUUUCAGCAAUGGCUUGAUGAGGUCAAAGAUGACGACGAGCUAUUUGAAAAUGAUGACUUGACCAAAACCAUGCAGAAGAUGGUCGACGUCCUGAAGGGGAAAGAUAAGAGGACAAUCAAAGAAGCAGAGGCAGCCAAACUUAUCGACAUUGCCAGCGGCAUCUUGGGCAGAGGACAUCAAAGUUUUUAUGAGAAAGACAGAGAAGCGAAGAAAGAGCAUGAAGGAAAAGGAGGGGCAAAAGGAAAAGGCAAGGGGAAAGGCAAAUCAAAGUCAUUCAAAGCAUUGCCACGCUUUGACCUGACGAGAUCUUUCCCGAAAAGAGAGAUCACAACUUGGCAAAGCGUGAUGAGAGCUUUGGAGGGAGGCUUUGAACCUAAAGGAGAAGUAGCCAUUUGCGAGGAUGAGCAACAGAUCAUAGAGCUGCAGAUGAUGCACAAGGCACUCAAUUUGAAGAAGGAAGUUAUUCUGAUUGCCAAAGCAGGAGAUGAGAAAGUUGAAGGCGGAAAGGAGGCGCUUCUUCCCUAUAUCGGGAAUCUGGCUUUGGUCAAAGCCACCAUUGCAGGCAUCACUGGAAAGGAGCCAACAACUUUGAAAGGCGAAAAAGCAGACGAAGUUGACAUGGUUCAGAAGGAGGCCACGCAGACCAUCCGCAUCACUAUCCCUAUGAAGUAUGUCAACAAGCAGCACCAUGAUACUCUCUAUGCGAAGCCUGAAUUUGCUUUGAAGUUGGCAGAUAUCGGAUGUAAAGAAGUGCGGACUUACAAGUGGGAAAGCGUUGGAGGAUGUUUGACAGGAUAUGCAUGUUUGCCUGAAAACCAAGUUGAGGAUUUUUUGAAAAAGAGCGGAACUGCAGGAAUUUUCCUGAGCCGCCUUGCACAAGAUAUCAUACAAAAACCAGCCGUCAGUUGGAUCGAUCCCGACAAAGGUGAGAAAGCAGAAGAUUAUCUUGCGAGAGUUCAAUCAGCCGCAAAGAAGGAAGGUGUACCGAUGUGCACCAGAAGAGGAGGAGGGGCAGAUCUUGGACUUCAGAUGGAAGGAGAAGCAAAGUUCAAAACUUGGGCUCUAUGGGGAUGGCCGGCACAUUUUGGUCCGGAAACUUUGGAAACCACUAUGACCAACCUUGGAUGGAAAUUUGGAGCACGAGCCAGUGAACCAAGGAAUCGUGGACCAUGGAAGAUUUAUGCAACAUGCACCAAAGAUCCAAAGAAAGAAAGCUAUGCGUAUCACUAUGAAUAUGAGGGAAAGGGAAGGCACAUCAGUGUCGUCCCUUGGAAAAGCAUGGGGAAGAAGGAAGAAGAAGUUCCUGAGAAGAUUGCAAGGCAAAGGUGGUAUGAUGAGAAGAAGGACUAUGAUGAUGCGAUGGAAGUGCAAACGAUUGCGCCCACAGUACCGGAUACUCAGACCCAGCCCACUCAAAACGGUGGGAAAAUCAGCGACAAUGGGGAGAAGAGGCAAGGUGCUGCAGGAGUUUCUCCUGUGAAAAAGAAGCACAAGUGGGUCAAAGUUCCUGAAGAAGUUCAGGCCAAAGGAGGCAUCCCAGGGCCCAAUGGUACAACAGUCCUUGAUUGUGGAGGACAAGGUGACUGCGCAUGGAGGGUCUUGGGCAUGAGUAUGGCGUUGCGCAAUGCUGCAAAAGAGAUCACUCUGGAUGAGAUCAGAAGUCGAGUUGAGCAACUUGGAGCGGCUUUGAAAGCACAGGCAAAUCACUAUCUUUUGCACAAGGACACAUCAUGGCAGCAAAGCUGGGUGCAAGAUCCGGCUGCAACAAAGACCACUGAAGGCGGGGAGGUACCUCAAACUUUGGAGGAGCACAUCGCUGCUAUGGAGCGACCUGCGAGGUGGAUCGACCAUUAUGGAUUACAAGCAGUUGCAUGCCUGAAGAAAGUCCACAUUGCGAUCUACAGACUCAGGGUUGAUGGGUGGAUUCAGAUUGCUUUGAUCUCACCACCAACCUUCACUGUCAAAACCCCAGUGAUUCAAGUUGCACUCAGCAAAGGUCAUUAUUUUGCUUUGAGACACGAAAAAGCAGCAAAGCCUUUGGAAAUCAAGAACAUGAACACGAAGACGCUAUGGAUGUCAACUGGUUUGGAGCAAGAAGUCAUUGAGGACAGUCAAGAUUUUGAUAAAAGCAUGUUUAGAGGAGCGGGUGAGAGUUUUUACACGCCUUUGAGAAGAAAAAGCGGGAGCAAUAUUGAGGAUUUGUUGCGCAGCGCCUCAACAUCAAAGUCUGAGGAGAUUCCAAAGCUUCUUCGAAGCGUCUCUUCGAAGAAGGAAGAAGAUCUUGAACGAUUCCUUCGUUCAGCAGAGGAGGAGAAAAGCAUGGAGAAGGGAAAGUUUUGGCGAUGUCCACUUUGUAGCUAUGAACUGGAGAUUCAAAAGGGAGUCAGCUCAAAGAUCACUCAGCACAUUUUUUCUCUUCACCGAAAGGAAAGACAGGAAAAGAUGAAGGAAAACAUUGAGGAGGGCGCAUCUAGCAGUCAUGCUGGCUUGGGUAUCAAGACUCUGUUGAAGCCAGUGCCAUUUGAGAAAAUUUCAGCGAAAGAAGCCACACUUUUUUGCCCAUAUUGCAGAAAAGGGACCAACCUGGAGAUCAAAAGUAAGUAUUUGGCAACAAAGACCAAGCUGCACCACAUCAAAGUUUGUCGCAAAAAGCCUGAAGGAAUCAAGCUGAAGAACUUCAUUCUAGAUGGACGAAGUUGCAAGACUAAGACCAACAUCCAAAAGUCCAAGGCGUACCAGCGAACCAAAGUCAAGCAGACAAUCCAGAAGUAUGAAGCGAAAGGUCACAGCGUUGUCACUUUGAGGUGUUUGAGGAGUAGAAAGAAGCAUGCCUACAUCUGCAAGAAAUGUUUUGCUUGUGAUGAUCAGAAGACUUUGAUAGGAAAAUGCAUAGGGAGCCACCUGAUCACAAAGAAUGGAUGCAUUUCACCGGGUCCUGCGUGGUGGAAGCAAUGCAGAAAAGCCAACGGAAAAGCCAAGAUUGAGGAGACUUGCGAGAUCAACAAAGACACCACCCAAAGGAUCACUGAGGAAAUCAAAAAGCAUGAAAGCAAGGCCAGUAUCAGAGCCACGUAUUGGCGUGCGAACAUCAAGAAAAGGAAGCCAGGCAAGGCCAACACCAUCUUUUUCAAGAAGAUUUGCGAAAAAGCUCAGAAAGAUGCAACUCAGAGAAGGCGAGCAACCUUCAGAACCAAGGUCAUUAAAGCAGCACAGAAAAGAGGACAUGAACCGAUCAUCAUUUACAAGAACAACCUCAAAAAGAACAUCUACGUUUGCAAGAAUUGUUUGGUAGGCAACAAACAAGAGCGAUGGAGCAGGAAAUGUCAGAAAGAGAUCAAGCCUGUCCGUGGUGUCAUUCCCCCUGGAGUCCAGUGGUGGCGAGACCAGCGAAAGACGAUCGGCAAGGAGGAGUUGGACCAACUCUGCGGCAUUGAGGCGCAGGUUUCCAAAAAGAUCACUCAGCAAAUUCGAGACAGCCGUCAAGAAUGA